GGACUACUUCCUGUAAAAAACCCCAAACCUGCCUCUCUUGAGAGACUGCACAGUCCCCCAAGCGGUAUUUUCUUCGUAGCAGCCAGAGAGGCAGCACACAACUCAACAUGCAGUGCCAUUUUAAUGGAACUCGGCUGAUCCGAGUCCUCCCUUCACUGUUGGGGAUAGAGAUCAUUCUGGGACUCCUAAUCAAUGGUCUGGCCCUCUGGAUCUUCUGCCUCCACCUGAAGCCCUGGAAGAGCAGCACAGUGUUACUCUUCAGCCUGGCGAUGGCCGACUUUCUGCUCAUCAUGGCUCUGCCUUUCCGUGCCACCUACUACUGGUACAGGCUCAACUGGAUCUUUGGAGAGGCUCUCUGCAACACCUGCCUGUUCAUGCUGGCUAUGAAUCGCAGUGGAAGUAUCUUCUUCUUGAUGGCGAUCGCCGUGGACAGGUACAUGCGGGUUGUGCACCCCCAUCAUGCCAUCAACUCUAUGAGUGUCUUCAAAGCCUCUCUAGUAGCACUUGGAAUCUGGAUAGUCACCAUUGCAAUGACUGCACACGUCUUCAUGUCAGAACACCUCAUCCUAUCUUCCAAGCAUGACAACAGGACGUACUGUGAAAGCUUCAUGGUGGUGGCCGACCGCAAAACCAUUAUGAACUGGCACAAGUUUGAGUUUCUCUUUUCCUUCUACUUGCCGUUGCUUGUGAUUCUCUACUGCACCAUCCACAUUAUCAGCCACCUCAGAGGCAGACAGCUGGCCCAGCAUGCAAAGAUCAAGAAGGCUCUGGGCUUCAUGAUAUUGGUGGUGGUGCUCUUCAUCACCUGCUUCCUCCCGAGCAACCUCACGCAGGUGGCGAUUUGGAUCAAGACCAGUCAGCUGAUCAGAACCCGCCCCGAAUCGGAAGUCUGUGAGGCCUUGGAGGAACUGACCGAGGGAUUCUACAUCUCCAUCAGUCUGACCUAUCUCAACAGCGUGCUGGACCCCGUGGUCUACUACUUCUCCAUCCCUGUCUUCAAGAACAUCUGCCGCAAAGUGCUUCACCUGCCCCAAGCAGAGCAGACUGAGAGCACUGGGAAGAAGACUCGAGAAACCGGCUCCCACUCACUCAGCCAGCUGUGAUCGCAGAGAACAUGAAGGAAAUCACUUUUUGAUCAAAAGUCACACAUUUCGCUGCAAGUUAUCACGUCAACAAAGUGUUACUUUUACUUCUUAUAUUUAUCAAAUACAAAUUUGACUGCACUUUUCUUUUCAAAACAUUUGCUGAUGGUAAGUUAUGAAAUAAUUUGUUCAAGCAAAACCGUUAGCUACCUAAUUGUAAAAGAUUAAACAUUUUACAGGGGUCAUGACGAGAGGAGACUUCAUGGCUGUUACAGAACAGCAUGAACUAACAUCCACUCCAUGAGCUUCUGUUCACACCACACCCAAUAAAACUGGCAGCAAAACCAUGAAUGUGUCAAACUGAGCAAUUGAACGUGUGAUUUGUGAUUUGUGAAAGAAAGAUCAUGUUAUUCUUCUUGCAAACAUUACACACUUGCUUGAAAAGAUGUGAAGGCUUAUUUCUCUAUGUAUUAACUGUACUUAAAAAACAAAAAUCUUCCUUAUGAGCUAUGUGAAAUUGUGAAAUAAUUCUUUUUGCCAUAUUGUCACCAAACUACACCUCAAACCCCCCAAAAGUUUGAUUCAGUCUUAUGAUCGCAUAUGAAUUAAAUACAAUACUUUCAUUACAAGAAAAUUAUACCAUACAUAUGAAAAGACAUUUAAUUGUUGAGUAUAUAUAAAUAUAAAUAUGAGAAAGAAAUACUUUUGUUUAAAAAACUUCAUCUGUAAAUGUAUUGUUUUCCUCUUUGAUGAUGUAUGACAAACAGAAAGCUAUGUGUAGUUUGUGAAUUUGACUUGUACUGUAAAGCACUUUGAGUCAUCGAUAAGACUGGGAAAGUGCAAUGUGGAUACAUAUUAGUUUAUUUAGUCCUCCAUGCAACACAGAAAAAAUCUGUACGAACAAAAUUAAACUUAGAUUUUUGCAUUAGAGACUUUGUCACAGCUACAACUCCGAAGCGAGGAGCAAAUAAAGGUUGAUU